AUGAAUCCGAAGCAAAAUGGACAUAGCCGCAGAAGGAAGAGAAAACUUCCCUACUCGAAGCAAAAAAAAGAAAGCGCAGACAUCAGUUUGUUGAAACAUGAAGAAAAAGCGUUAAAACAGAAAUUGAACGAAGAAUCGGAGCGGAAGCUCUCGAAACAACCUCAUUCUAUGGUUAUUCAUCGAGGGAAUGUUGGUCAAUUUGUACGUUAUCUUGAGCAGGAUAUCCGUGCUAUUAUGGAACCUUUCACUGCAUCAAAACUAAAAGUGAUGAAAAGGAACAAUUUGAAAGAUUUUAUCGUGAACGGUGCAGUGCUUGGUGUUACACAUUUGCUUGUCUUAACUCGCGGACAAAGUUGGGUGACAUUGCGGAUUAUUCGUUCUCCUCAGGGACCCACAUUAACUUUUAGAGUUAAAGAAUACACAUUAGCAAGGCAUAUUUUGUCAGCAUCAAAACGCAAGAUGCAUUUUCAACGAUUGUUCACUACUGCUCCAUUAGUCGUCAUGAGCGGUUUCACUUCAGACGAUGAUCGACAUUUACAGCUUGCGCAGUCUUUAUUCCAAAACAUGUUUCCGACAGUAAAUGUCGACACGGUUGAUCUAUCAACUAUUAGACGUUGUGUAAUGAUUAAUUACAGUGCUGUUGAAGACGCUAUUUAUUUGAGGCAUUAUGCAAUCAAGGCAGUACCUGCAGGGUUGAGUAAGUCGGUAAAAAAACUAAUUCAGAGUAAAGUCCCAGAUUUGUCGAAAUACAAGAAUAUCGAAGACUACUUUUUAAAUCCAGGACAACUCAGCGAGAGUGAGUAUGAAUUUGAACAAAAGGAAGUGAAAUUACCACAAGACUUGAGUACACGGGGAUGCUCAAAAGGACAGAAAACAAGCAUAAGAUUAUAUGAGCUCGGUCCCCGACUUACUUUACAGUUAACGAAAAUCGAGGAAGGAAUUGAUGAAGGCGAAGUUCUUUAUCAUUCUUAUAUUACUAAAUCUAAAGAAGAAUUAUUGCAGCUCAGAAAUGAUUUACCCGUAAGAAGAAAAUUGAAGAAAAGGAUGCAGAUAAAGAACGAACUUAGAGUUAUCCAUCGCUUGAAAAGUUUCAGUGAACAAAAAGCUAAACUCGAAGAAUCACUGAAAGAAGAAAAGGAAAGACUAAUAGAGAAACAGAAAGAAGUUACCGGUGAGAAGUAG